AUGGAUAGCAACCUGGAUAACACCUUGAUGAAAAAACACCUUGAAAAUCAAUCACUUUACAAACCGUGUAAUGAUUUAACGAAGAAAGCUGAGGAAGAGAUCAAUGAAGUGUGGGAGUAUGUCGCAAAGAAGAAUUUUGUUAACGAAAGAUCCAUCACAAGAUUAAAAACGACACACAGUGUGUGCCCCGUUAUCUAUUUGCUAACCAAAACGCAUAAAUUUCAUAACAACGAGCCAAGUUCCAACCCUGAUAACAUCAAAGUGAGACCUAUAAUUUCUGGCUGUGCUGGUCCUGCGGAUAAAAUCUCCUGGCUGAUACAAGUGAUAUGCAAUCCCCUCCUACAAUUUGUAAAAGCACAUCUUCGAAGCACUGAACAUCUGUUGAACAAACUGCGUAACUUAAAGAGUGGUGAGUUGAAGAACAAGAUCCUAUUUAGUUUAGACGUGGUUUCAUUAUACCCCAGUGUAAACAACGACGCAGCCAUUGAUACCUUGCGCCUAUAUCUUGAAAAAGAAAAGAAAAACAUCCAACUAUAUCAAUUCUCUAUAUCAGACAUCAUUCUACUGACAAAAGCUAUCUUCGAAAAGAACUGCUUCUCUUGGAAAAGAUCGUUCUAUCAACAACGUCGAGGUCUGGCAAUGGGAAAUCGAUUGGCACCAAUUCUCGCUAUACUUUACAUGGACAGAAUAGAAAAUCAAGCAAUCUAUUCCGAUCAAGCUAUUUCCAUCUAUUACCGAUAUAUCGACGAUUGUAUUACACCCGCUGACAAUCCAAACGAAGCCGUAAAGAUUCAAAAUCAGCUGAAUGGGCAAGAUCCAUCAAUUCAAUUUGAAAUCGAGUUACCUGGCGAAGACGGAUUCCUUCCUUUCCUCAAUACAAAAAUCAAAGUGAAUACAUCUGGAACAAUCGAGACGGGGUGGCAUACAAAAUCAGCAAACAAAGGAUUGAUGUUGAACGCAAAAUCUCAUCAUCCAGAACACAUCAAGCGAGCUGCCAUUGGUAACACGAUCAAAACCUACACUUCGAUAUGUUCAAACGAUACAUUAUUACAAGAAGCUGAACGGAAAUUUGAAAGAAGAGCGAGACGAAACGGUUAUGACAGCAAGUAUGUCAACAAAGUGAAAGCGACAAAAAGCAAGAAACGAGCAUCAAAAACCGAAGCGCCAAGUACAUUUACAAUACCAUUUAUCUCAAGCCAAUUCACCAACGACAUCAGAAGAGCAGUCCAGCGUUCAGACCUCAAUGUCCGAAUAGUUGAACGAUCUCAAAGCUCAUUGAAGAACCUUCUGGCAGAGUCGCGACAACACAUGCACAAAUCCCUCGAAAUGCUCAGUGUGCAGUAG